AUGGCGGGAUUCGACUUUGGAAGCGUAAGAGAGAUUCAUCAUUUCUUCCAUUCUCAUAUCCUGGAGCUCACCACAUUCCAAGGGCGAGAGGCAAAUGAGAAGUACUGUAGAGGGUGCAUGAAAUCCAUUGGGGAAGGUUUGGCCUACCAUUGUCAGCCCUGUAAUUUUCUCCUUCACUUGACCUGCUCACAAAUUCCUCAGCAAAUCACUCAUCCUGCUUGUAGUCACGGUCUCCAUCUGCUCUCUCAGCCGCGGAAUUAUGCACCCUCAGCUUGUAGAUGCAACGCAUGUUGGGAAUUCAUUACGCAUGGCUUCUCCUUCCACUGCUCUAUUUGCGGCCUAGAUCUGCAUCCAUCAUGUGCAAAACUGCCCAGGAAAAUUAAUGAACCAAAUCAUCCGCACAAUGGUUUGGAUCUCUGCUUCAUUCCUCCCUAUCCGAGCGAAGCCUUUAGGUGCAAUGUUUGCUUCAAAGAAAACCAACGUUCAUGGAAUUAUCACUGCUCUAUUUGCGACUACGAUGCCCAUGUGAACUGCACACAAAUACCUUUGCUCAGAGAAUCCCUGCUGAAUAAAACUUCUCAAGCAAUAAACCGGGCAUAUGUAGAUUAUACUGCAAGCUCAGGCCACCGUCAUUUGGAGAGACGUUUUAGUGAGCCUCCCAGAUUGUUUAAUUCUUUUCCUCGCCCAUCUUCGCUGCACAGCUGGUCGUCUUCUCAGAUGCAGCAGCAGCAGUAUCAACCCUUCCAAAAUCCAUAUAACACAAUGGGUAAUAUGUUUGUGAGGCCAACCAUCACAGCCAUUAUGCAGACUCUACUGGGAAGUGUAGUUCAAAGUUUUAUGAAUCCAGGUGGGGGUGGAGGAGGAGAUGGAUGGGGUGGUUUUGGGGGACUCAAUAGCUCUGGAAAUUUGUCUGAUAUUGCGGAAUCUAUGUUUAACUUUGGAUUCUUCUAA